AUAUAUAUUUUAAAGUCCUUCAGUCUGCUACACAAUCAUCGUGAAGUAAAACAUGGAGGUGAUGCUACCAAGUUCUCCGGUUAUGGAAUUUGAUUUCAACAGUGCUCGGUCAUCUCCUGUGUCGACUGCUCCUUCUACGCCUCGACGAAUGGGAGAUUGUUUCUUUAGUGCCCCGACGAGUCCCGCACGGUUGUUCGAGUUUUAUCGCGAAUUCGAUCUCUACGAUAUGGAAAGCAGCAUGAGAAGCAGUCGUUUGGCGAUUCCUUUUGAUUGGGAUGAAAAAACAGGUACAAACAAGUCACCGAGAUCGACAAUGACCGGUGUUGCUGCGGAUGAAGGAGAUGAUUUUGCUUUUGAUUUUAGUGUGAACUUGGAGAACACGUCUCGAUCAGCUGAAGAACUCUUCGAUGGAGGAAAAAUUAAGCCAUUGAAGCCUCCAUCUCGGUUAAAGGUCGAUGUGUCGUCCCCGAAACCUCCUAAAUCUUCAUUUUCUCAAGGAAAAAAGAUCAUCCAUGAAGCUUUUUCACCAAGAAAGAAAAAGGACGAUCGCGACCCUUUGCCAACAGCCAUCGGAACCAGUCGAAACAAUCGAGAGCACGGAAGAGGUAGAGAAAGGGUUCAAGAUUUCACAUUAAGGAAUUCGAGCCGAAGAGCAACAAGAUCGCUUUCUCCUUACAGAGUCUCGGACAACCGAUGGGAAGACGAUGAAGAAGAAGAAGAGAGAAAACAGCAACGUGAACCCACCACCACCAAGCAAUCAUCAUCAUCAUUGAAUUCAAAGCCAUCGUUUUCUUCAACUUCCUCAAAGGGGUGUUCAAGAAAAUGGAGAUUAAGAGAUUUGCUGUUGUUUCGAAGCGCAUCCGAGGGACGUGCAAGCGAUAAGGAUCCAUUAAGGAAGUAUUCAUCAAGCUUUGUGAAGAAACCUGAAGAGAAGAAGAAUUCAGGUGGGUCUAGAAGAAAAGUAUCGGCUCACGAGCUACAUUACACAACGAACAAAGCAAUAUCUGAGAACAUGAAGAAGAAAACUUUCUUGCCAUACAAACAUGGUAUUUUGGGAAGAUUAGCCUUCAACUCCAAUGGAUUUGGAAAAUAAUCAGUCAAUCAUCUCAUGAUUUUAAGUUUUUUUCAUUUUUGUUGUUGU